GGCGCAUGCGCGGCGGCUGUUUCUCUGCGCCGAAGUUUCUGGAAUAAACUGUCGCUCGUGCUGUUUAUAAAUUCGCUCCUCAGGUGUUCCUCCGUUUGUUUCUCUCUGCGACGCGAAGAGCAAAAGCACAAGUCCUGUGUGUGUGUGUGUGUGUGUGGUUUAAUUGAGAAAUUAAAAUAAACCUGAGGUGACUUCAUCAUCAUUACUGAGGGAGGCUACAGGACAGAGGUCAGAGACAGCGGCACGAGCAGGACGUACUGUGUUAGAGUGUAGACCUCGAGCAGACGCUCCGUGAUGGAGUACUACCAUACCCUAGGCGUACGCAAGGACGCCUCUCAGGACGACAUAAAGAAAGCGUACAGAAAAUUGGCCUUAAAGUGGCAUCCAGACAAAAACCCAGACAACAAAGAGGAGGCCGAGAGGAGAUUUAAGGAGAUCUCUGAAGCGUAUGAAGUCCUGUCAGACGAGGACAAGCGUAGUUUAUACGACAGAUACGGCAAGGACGCGCUGUCCGGCGGUGGAGGACGAGGAGGACGUUACGACGACCAUUUCGGCGGCGUGUUCACAUUCCGUAAUCCUGAAGAUGUGUUCAGGGAAUUCUUCGGAGGCAGAGACCCGUUCGCAGACCUCUUCGGAGACGACCCCUUCGACCCGUUCGAGGAUUUCUUCGGGUUUGGCGGAGGCCGGAGACAGAGGGGCGUGAGGCCUCGAACCGGUGGCUCCUUCUUCCCCGGGUUCGGCGGAUUCCCUCCUUUCGGCGGCGGCUUCUCCGGCUUUGACUCAGGUUUCGCUUCUAUCGGCCCGAUGGGUGGAGGAAACUUCACCUCCUUCACCUCGUCGUCGUUCGGAGGGAGCGGCGGUGGAGGAGGAGGAGGAGGGGGGAUGGGUAACUUCCGCUCGGUCUCCACCUCCACCAAAUUCAUCAACGGCAGAAGGAUCACCACUAAACGAAUCGUAGAGAACGGUCAAGAACGAGUGGAGGUCGAGGAAGACGGCCAGCUCAAGUCUCUCACGGUCAACGAUAUGAGCACUCCGAAUGCCCUUCCUGGCCCUGUCUCUCAUUCACGUUACCUUAGAAACGCCACAGACGAGGCUGAUGGGGAAAGAGGAGGCACCAGAGGAUUUUAUGAAAACAGAAGAAAGAAACAUUGGCGAACCGACACAGAGACUAAAAAGAAGCCAAAUCCACGUCUGGCACCGAGGAUCGGCUCUUGGUUCUAAACUUCUAAACUCACUGAAGGCACUUUGUGGAUUCUUUUAAAGAUUGAUAAAGUACACCGAGGGAAGGGUAGUACAGUGUGUAUUUUUUUUAUAUUAUAGUUCUGCUUUAAAAAUUUUAAUGUUUCAUUCUUGGUUCUGGUUAGCGUUGCUACUGGGGACUUUCUGAGUUCAUGUAUAAGAGUUUUUGUCUUUGUGAUAUUUUUAUUGAUUUUAAUUUUUUUUUAAGUGAAGUGAAAAUCUGAAAACUAGCUAAUUUGUCCAAUUGUUCUCAAAAAAAAAAAAAGAAAAAAAUUAUCGCCAUUAAACUGAAAGCAUAUUUGUUAUAUUUUUUGUUUUUAGAUAUGGGCAAGUCUAAUUCUAUAUUUUAAUCACAUUUCGCCAAGACAUUUCCAAAACCUGCAGUCAAGUAAUGUUAAAUUGAAAAAUAAAUUGUUUAAUCAUAUUACACUUAGAAAAAGUGUGAACCUUUUACAUUGUAAAAAUCCUUGUUGUACAUUGUAAAAAUCAAUGUCAUCUUACGUUAUGAAAUGUAAAAUUAAAUUUCUAUUUCACCUCCUAAAUUUGAACAAUGUUACAUAUUUUAAUAUUUUAAACAAAAUUUUCAUAUUAAAACUGCUACUUCAUUUAAAUACUUAUCAAAUAAUGUGAUAAAAUCUAUGUUAUAAAACAAAAAUAUAGUCACAAAAUGCAUCACAUAUUUUUAAACACAAACAAGUCUAAUAUACAACCAUAUACAGUUUUUAUUACCUUAAUGAAUUUUUAUUUGCUGUGUAAAAUAGUGGUUGGGGUUAUUACAAAUCAUUUAAUUAGUCAGCUUUAUUGUGAUUGUCCACUGCCUGAAAAAUAGCUUCAGAAACAACAGAGUAAUCUGAGAAUAUAAUUGCUUAUACUGUAAUUGCAGGUAAUACCUUUGCAGAUGUUUGUUGCUGUCAUUUAAAUAGACAAAAAAACAAUAUUUCUUAACCGUCAGACUUCCUAAUGUACAGUAUACUAUACUCACAAAAGAAUUUGCCGAAACCUGCGAUGACAUUGUAUCCAUAUACAUAUACUUUAAUAUGGAGUUGGCCCCCCUUUUGCUGCUAUAGCCUUCCAAGAACACUCUUUUUGGGAGGCUGUUCACAAGAUUUUGCAGUGUUUUUGUGGGAAUCAGUGCCCAUUCAUUCUGUAGAGCAUUUAUGAGGUCAGACACUGAUGUUGGACGAGAAGGCCUGGCUCUCAAUCUCUGUUCCAGUUUAUCCCAAAGCUGCUGGAUGAGGUUGGGGUCAGGGCUCCGUGUUCGGGCCAGUCGAGUUCUUCCACACCGAACUCAUCAAACCAUGUCUUUUGGCAAGUGCUUGCUUUGUGUACUGGGGCACAGACACCAUUUAACACACGGUUCCUGUCUGUAAUAAAUGUCUUGUUUUACAUCAUAGAGAAAUCUUAUUAUAAGGCUGUAUGAACACUAAAGGUGCAACUCAUGUGGAACUUUCUAAAGAACCCAGACCUUUUUAGUGUUUUUAAUAUAAAUAUUUAGAUUAUAAUCUGAUUCCUGUAUGUCUCUGUACGCUGCUCUGUAUACUGUCUCAACUCCUUUUUUUUUCAAUAAGAAAAGAUAAGACAUUUUGUCUAAGACUAGUGAUGUUUCUAUUUUACCAUAGAGACUUUUGUGAAUAUGUUCAGCUUCAUAUUUAAGCUUCCUAUAGAGAUAAUAUGUUAAAUAGAUUUGGAGCAAUAACAAUGAUUUUUGAAUUUUACAUUAAAAACCCUGUACAUUAAAUCAUGGUUUGCUCAAUGA